UUGAGUCGGAUAAAUGCCACGCUUUUGCCUUUAAUUCAUUGUUUGUUUUCGUUUCCUUUAAUUUCGUAAAAUUUCAUUUUUCUGACGAUAAUUCCGGUUGUAUACUUUCCAAUCCAAAAAAACAACCAACAAAAUGCCUUCCGCCGAUCAAUCAUGGGCCAUUCAGAUGGACGAAGAUGAAGAUCUUGAUGAACGUCGUGUAGAAUUUGAUGGCGAUAUGAAAAUCGUCACUGAAAUCCGUCAACAAGAUGGUAAAAGAGUUCAAGUGAAACAAUAUUUUCGAACAGAAAAACGUCGUGUAUCGGUAAACGUUGCUAAACGUAAAACAUGGCAUAAAUUUGGACAAUCUACUAAUGAUUCGCCUGGACCGAAUCCAAAAACUACAUUCAUUUCCGAAGAAAUUCAAAUGGAGUAUCUGGCCAACAAAGAAGAAGAAAAUGCCGAAAAAGAUUUGACACAAAAUCUUGGCAAAGGUCUUGCCAAUCAAAACAUUACCUGUCGUUUUUGUGGUCACAAUCAUUGGACCAUCAAAUGUCCAUUCGCAUCGCAAAUGUCUGCCCUCAACAAACUUGCCGAUAGUAAUGAAGCUGCAAAGGCUGAUGAUCGAACACGAUCUCGACCAGGUAUGUCAUUGCUUCGAGAUGGUAAACGUUUGGAUAUUGGUUCUCGUGGUAAAGACGAAGCAAAUACAAUUCGAAUUACCAAUCUACCGGAAGAAACACAGGAUAGCGAUAUUAAAGAUUUAUUCAAAGAUUUUGGUCGACUUACACGAAUCUUUUUGGCCAAAGAUAAAGCAACCGGUUAUUCGAAAGGUUUUGCAUUCGUUAGUUUUGAUACACGUGAAAAUGCUGCACGUGCUAUUCGAACUGUAAAUGGUCAUGGUUAUAAUAAUCUAAUUUUAAGUGUUGAAUGGGCUAAACCAAAUUUGUAAUUUGAUUUAAUUAAAACAUUUAUUAUUA